GGGGAGGGAGGGAGGACGGGCGGGCGGGCGGCCAGAGCGCGGAGUUGGGCAGCCGGAGGGGGGACCAGCGGCGCCCGCAGCCGCCCACUGUUUGCAAACGGCCCCCGCUUGGGAGCGAAGGGGAGCACCCCGCCUCCAGCAGCGGCACCCUCCCCAGGUUUGGAGAGGGGUGCCCGGCUUCCUGCGCCCCGCUCGCGUCCGCAUGGAUGUGCCGCCCAGCUCGGCGGCCGCGCGGGGGGAAGCUCGCAAGUGAAACUAUUAUUAUCGCCCUGCGAAGCAUGGAGCUGUUGGAAGAUGCCGCGUAGAGACGGAAGGAGCCGCCGCCGCCUUCAGCCGCCCGCCGCUGCGCCCCUACCCUUUCGCUUUCAUUAGGGGAGACAAAUCUGCUGUCAGGCAGCCAGCUUUCCAAUUUACCGAUAAUGAUUCUUGCAUGAAAAUUGAUCGAGGGGCUCUCCACCGCCGUGCGCUCUGCCUGCCUCCCCGUUCUCCUCCUGCCUCCUUCUGCCCAGGCGCCAGAGCCCCCGCGAGUUCUUUCUCCUCCUCCUUCCACCCCCUCUGUCUGAGUCAGUGGUGGGACGCCAGGCCAGGGAGAUAACCAAAAAAGGGGGGAGGGGUGUUGGUGGCGAGAGGGGGAGGGGAGCCGGCGCCCCGGCCUGCUUUCUCCUGCCGGAGACUUGUUUGCAAUCGUUGCUGCUUUUAUUUACGAGAAGAAAUCUCCCCCUCGGUACUUCUUGGCUGUUUGGGUAUUAAUUUUCUCCUCUCCCCUCUCCCGCUCGCCCCCUCCUCCUCUCCCCGCCACCCCGCCCCUCCUCAUCCAGUAGCUAAGGGGAAACAAAACAAAGCCGAUUUCUCCUUGGCAACAAGAGAUACCCCCUCCCGCCGCCCCCCCUUCCUUUUUCCUUCUGGUUCUGAACGUGAAACCCUGUUGGAAACAGGUCUCUUGACCCUCGCCCUUGACAUUCAAAUGGCUGAAUGGAGGAGAGAUUGCUACUCGCACGUCUUGGGGGCUGGUUUUUUUUUCUCUUCCCCCCCUUUUCCUUUCAAAUGAGUAAUCCCUGAAGAUCUUAACCCCCCAAUUUCAUCACCCUCACCUCCCCCCUUUAUUUUUCUCUCGCUUCUCUUCCCCGCCUGCUUCCCUCCGCCGUGCUCCCCCCUCCUUUUUUUAAUUUGCAUCUCAAGUCCAAAAGGCAGAAAAUACACACGCGGCGAAGACACCCGGGCAGCCGUGGAGGCUCCGGCCCGUCCUUGGUCGUCAAUUACCUCAUUGUGGAUCUGCCAGGGCCAAGGUGGCCGAAAUUGCCCGGGCGCUGGCCGGAGAGAGAGCCUUUUGAUCAUCUUGUGUUGGGGGGGGAAAAAGACUGAUUUUUUUUUUUCGUCGCUCUCGGGAUCGCUCUUCUGCCUUUAUUUUAUUGUUUUGGACAUUUUUGAGCGCCGUGGCUUGAACGGUGCUUUUUGUUCAUUGCUGGGUUUUAAUAUUAUUUUCCUUCUUUAUCCCUCUCUGGCCACUAUGGAAUUCUAAUUUGAACCAUGUUUGGAUUGAAGCCGCCGCUGUAUUACUUACCAGGCAUGAGCCAUGAGCCCAAGUCCCCUUCGCUAGGGAUGCUUUCCACCGCGACCAGGACCACCGCCACCGUCAACCCCCUCACCCCCUCGCCGCUCAAUGGCGCCCUGGUGCCCAGCGGCAGCCCCGCCACCAGCAGCGCGCUGUCGGCCCAGGCCGCGCCGUCUUCCAGCUUUGCCGCCGCGCUGCGCAAGCUCGCCAAACAGGCGGAGGAGCCCAGAGGGUCCUCACUGAGCAGCGAGUCGUCCCCCGUGUCCUCUCCGGCCACCAACCACAGCUCCCCCGCCAGCACACCCAAGCGUGUGCCCAUGGGCCCUAUCAUCGUCCCCCCUGGGGGCCACAGCGUGCCCAGCACACCCCCGGUGGUGACCAUCGCCCCAACCAAAACCGUCAAUGGCGUCUGGAGGAGCGAGAGCCGGCAGGACGCCGGCUCCAGGAGCAGCAGUGGCGGUCGAGAACGCCUCAUUGUGGAGCCCCCGCUCCCCCAGGAGAAGGCAGGGGGCCCAGCCAUCCCCUCGCACCUGCUCAGCACCACCUACCCCUUCGGCCUCUCCCCCAGCUCGGUCGUGCAGGAUUCCCGCUUCCCGCCACUCAACCUCCAGCGGCCUGUGCACCACGUGGUGCCCCCCAGCACCGUGACCGAGGACUACCUGAGAAGCUUCCGGCCCUACCACACCGCUGACGACCUCCGCGUGUCCUCACUGCCUCCCCUAGGCCUGGACCCGGCCACCGCCGCAGCCUACUACCACCCCAGCUACCUGGCCCCGCACCCCUUCCCCCAUCCGGCCUUCAGGAUGGAUGACUCCUACUGCCUGUCCGCCCUGAGAUCCCCGUUCUACCCCAUCCCCACCCCUGGCUCCCUGCCCCCACUGCACCCGUCAGCGAUGCACCUUCACCUCUCCGGGGUCCGCUACCCCCCCGAGCUCUCCCACUCAUCCCUGGCGGCGCUGCACUCGGAGCGCAUGUCCAGCCUCAGUGCGGAGAGGCUGCAGAUGGACGAGGAGCUGAGGCGGGAGCGUGAGCGUGAGCGCGAGGCUGACCGCGAACGGGAGAAGGAGCGUGAGCGUGAACGGGAGAAGGAGCGUGAGCAGGAGAAGGAGCGGGAGCGUGAGAAGGAGCGCGAGCGGGAGCGGGAGCUGGAGCGCCAGCGGGAGCAGCGGGCCCGGGAGAAGGAGCUGCUGGCCGCCAAGGCCCUGGAGCCCGCCUUCCUGCCUGUGGCCGAGCUGCACGGGCUGCGUGGCCAUGCCACCGAGGAGCGGGGCAAGCCCUCGGAGCAGCUGACCCCAACCCGAGCAGAAAAACUGAAGGAUGCCGGCCUGCAGGCGCCCAAGCCCGUGCAGCACCCCUUGCAUCCGGUGCCCACCGCACACCACGCAGUGCCCAGCCUCAUCUCCAACCAUGGCAUCUUCUCUCUGCCAAGCAGCAGCGCUGCCACGGCCCUGCUGAUCCAGCGCACCAACGAGGAGGAGAAGUGGCUGGCGCGGCAGCGGCGACUGCGGCAGGAGAAGGAGGAUCGGCAGUCUCAGGUGUCGGAGUUCCGGCAGCAGGUGCUGGAGCAGCACCUGGACAUGGGCCGGCCCCCAGUACCUGCAGAGGCGGAACACAGGCCCGAGAGCACCUCCAGGCCAGGACCGAACCGUCAUGAGCCAGGUGGCCGUGACCCUCCGCAGCACUUUGGGGGGCCACCACCUCUGAUUUCACCCAAGCCCCAGCUCCACACUGCACCUACAGCCCUCUGGAACCCCGUGUCCCUGAUGGACAACACCUUGGAGACGCGGCGCCCUGAGAGCCACCCUCUGCACAGCCACCCGGCUGCAUUUGAGCCUAGCCGCCAGGCAGCCGUACCACUGGUGAAGGUGGAGCGGGUCUUCUGCCCGGAGAAAGCGGAAGAGGGGCCACGGAAGCGUGAGCCUGCCCCCCUGGACAAGUACCAACCACCUCCGCCACCACCACCACGAGAGGGAGGGACCCUGGAACACCAGACCUUCCCACCCGGGCCUGGGCCCUUCCUUGCUGAGCUCGAGAAGUCCACCCAGACCAUCUUGGGCCAGCAGCGGGCCUCCCUCCCACAGACAGCCACCUUCGGGGAGCUCAGCGGACCCCUGAAGCCUGGCUCGCCCUACCGGCCCCCAGCACCACGGGGCCCUGACCCUGCCUACAUCUACGAUGAGUUCCUGCAGCAGCGCCGGAGGCUGGUCAGCAAGCUGGACCUGGAGGAGCGCAGGCGGCGGGAGGCCCAGGAGAAAGGGUACUACUACGACCUCGAUGACUCUUACGAUGAGAGCGAUGAGGAGGAGGUCAGGGCCCACCUCCGCUGCGUGGCCGAGCAGCCGCCCCUCAAACUGGACACGUCCUCCGAGAAGCUAGAGUUUUUGCAACUUUUUGGCUUGACCACCCAACAGCAGAAGGAGGAAUUGGUGGCCCAGAAGCGGAGGAAGCGGCGGCGGAUGUUGAGAGAGAGAAGCCCGUCACCCCCCACAGUUCAGAGCAAGCGGCAGACGCCUUCACCAAGACUGGCGCUGUCCACCCGCUACAGCCCUGAUGAGAUGAACAACAGUCCCAACUUCGAAGAGAAGAAGAAGUUCCUGACCAUCUUCAACCUGACCCACAUUAGCGCCGAGAAGAGGAAAGACAAAGAGAGACUUGUUGAAAUGCUCCGUGCCAUGAAGCAGAAGGCACUGUCACCAGCAGUGGCCGGCUCCUUGACAAACUCUCCGAGGGACAGUCCUGCCGUCUCCCUGAGUGAAGCAGCCACGCAGCAAGCCUCUCUGGACAUGGACAAGCCGGUUGGUGUUGCUGCUUCCUUGUCUGACGUCCCAAAGGCCGCGGAGCCUGGGAAGCUGGAACAGGUCCGGCCCCAGGAGCUGUCAAGAGUCCAGGAGCUAGCUCCUGCCAGUGCGGAGAAGGCCAGGCUGAGUGAGGGCCCUGGAGGCAAGAAGAGCCUGAGCAUGCUUCACUACAUCCGGGGCACUGCACCCAAGGACAUUCCUGUGCCGCUGUCCCACAGCACCAAUGGGAAGAGCAAGCCAUGGGAGCCCUUUGUGGCGGAAGAGUUUGCCCAUCAGUUCCACGAGUCAGUGCUGCAGUCCACCCAGAAGGCCCUGCAGAAGCAUAAAGGGAGCGUGGCUGUGCUAUCCGCAGAGCAGAACCAUAAGGUCGAUGCGUCUGUCCACUACAACAUUCCCGAGCUACAGUCCUCCAGCCGUGUCCUUCCACCCCAGCACAAUGGGCAGCAGGAGCCCCCCACUUCAAGGAAGGGCCCCCCAACGCAGGAGGUGGACCGGGACUCGGAGGAGGAGGAGGAAGAGGAUGAAGAUGGAGAAGAGGAUGAAGAAACCCCCAGGCGCAAGUGGCAAGGGAUUGAGGCCGUUUUUGAAGCUUACCAGGAACACAUAGAAGAGCAAAAUCUGGAGCGGCAGGUGUUGCAGACGCAAUGCAGACGACUGGAGGCCCGGCACUACAGUCUCAGCCUGACGGCAGAGCAGCUCUCCCACAGUGUGGCGGAGUUGAGGAGCCAGAAACAGAAGAUGGUCUCAGAACGCGAGCGGCUCCAGGCAGAACUGGACCACUUACGAAAGUGCCUUGCCUUGCCUGCAAUGCACUGGCCUAGGGGCUACCUGAAGGGAUACCCCAGGUGACGGUUUCCCUUGCACUAGGCCGAACCUAUAGUAUAGAAAUAUUAUCUAUUUUAUUACCUUGAAUAUUUAAUAUUUUUCACUGGGAGGUUUGAAGCUUAAAAAAUGAGAAUGUGCCAUGCAUGAAGCAAAGGAUUCCAGGCUCCAGAAAAAAAAAGAAUGAACUCACCUUGACUUCAUUGCAACUGAAUCACCUUUGUCAUUCAGCGAGCAACCAACGUAGGAUGCCAUAGUUUCUUUUUACAGGCGGUUUUAGUUCUUCCUCUCCCACAUUGUUUUUUAAUCUGAACAUGAAGGCUUCAUUACCAACACUAAAACUUUAUGAUUUACAGCCCCCUGUGCAUAUGAGCGGAUCACACCGGUUCUGUUCUUUCUUGUGUUGCCACGUUACUAUGCCUCAAGCCAAGUCUGCUUUUGCGGCAGUGAUGGGGUCAGUCUCAUUCCUCCCCAGGAGUGAAACUUGCUUCACUGUAAAGAAGGUUGGGUGCAUUGUAAGUAAAAAGGGCUUAUUUGUUUCAUUUACGUUCCUGCAAAAUUUUCUUCAAAGCAACAAGUCCUAGGAGCACACAAAGCAACCCAAAGGCUUUUCCCUGGAAAAGCUCUUACCUAAAGAGAAAAUGAAAUCACAAACUGAAGGUACCUUUUUAUUACUCCGUGGGGAGCAUGUACAGAGCUCUGUGGAUACACAGCUUCACACCCACCAGAUUGUUACUACAGUGGGUGGGGUUUUCAUACAGACGUAAAUUUUGAGAGAAAAGUCAAAGGUGCUUCAGCCUUGUACUGUGUAUAUAUAUUAAAAAACAAAGUUUUGUAUGUUUUUAUUACUUUAACUAUUGUUAUAAAAAGCCUGCCAUUUUUAAUAUGUGGUUUGGGGGAUUUUUGUUUGUUUUUUCCUGUUGGGGGUUUUGUUUGUUGUUUUGUUUUUUUUGGGCAAAAAAAAAAACCCCUUGCUUUUAGUGUUUGUACUGCUGCUGGUCAGGACAUUAAAAUAUUGAAGUGUUUUUAAAAAUUAAAGAAGAAGCAAAGUAAAA